AUGUUGUGCAGGGCAGAGCUGAGAACUGCAGAUCAGAACUGCCUCUUGGUUCCAGAUCUCUUGAGUCUCAGUUGUGGAAGCUGCCUGGAGAAACCGCCAGUGGAUCCCAAAAAACCAAAUCCUCCGGGUGGGGCGGAGUUGGCGAGGCAAUGCUCCGGCACUGCAUGGCUCGACCUCAGAGAGCUGAUCCCUCCAAGUGCACGGCGCGUGGAUGCGCUCUGCCGCCUGGAAGCGAAUGCAAAGGACCCGGAGGCGGUCUUGGAAAGUGCCGGUUGCUUCACCAAAUUGACCUUGGAGUUGAGCUACGACGUCACUCCACCAGAAAGUCAAGACAUGAAGGUGCAUCCCAGCAAGUUGCUGUCGCACAGCAUGGGCCUGGGCCAGUUCUCGACCUCGGAGGGGGCGGCGGUGAUGUAUCAGGAGGUGAUCCAACGCAGCUGCGAGGCCAUCCUCCAGGAUUGCUGUGGCGGCACGGUGGAAGAGGCGGUGAAGCGAAUGAAGGAGGUAGGGAGCUAUGACGAGGUGAAACAGAACCUGCGCGAGUCUAUUAUCAGCAUCUUCAGGGAGCGGCUACGGAAGGAUACCGCAGCGGUCCCUGGCAAACCGCUGAAGGGACAAGCCAGAGACGACUUUGUCUCAAGCACGUAUUCCUACCUCCAACUCACGGCGGCCAAAGUGCUGGACAAGCAGAUGAGGCCCGAUGCCACUGGUGAACUAGCGGAGGCUGUCGCGGCGGCUCGGAAGGAGGCGUCACGCUUUGCGCGCUUGGCGUAUGAGGCUGAACUCUUGGGCAACUGGACCCGCGCAGCUCAUCUCUUACAGAAUCGCUUCCUGAUCCAGGGCUUGAGCCUUCGCGAAGACCCAGUGGAGUGGCUGAGCUUUGCCAAGUUCCUGGCCCGCUGCCGGGAUCGCCAGCAGGCGGCCGAGGAGGCCUUGUGCCAGGCUGCAAGGUUGAUGGGUGCCGGAAAGGAAACCUCCAAAGAGACGGCCCUGGAGGUGGAACUAUUUCUGGCCUGUUUGGUGUUGGACCGCGGGCGCUACGAAGAAGCCAUCGCCGUCUUUGAGGCCAAGCAUAAGGAGGAUUUCUCUAGUCCCACCGCGCGCUUCUACCUGGGCCUAGCGCUCUUCCUGCGCUGUCGUUGGGAAGAGUCUAGAUCCUAUUUGGAAUCCGCUGGAAAACCCCGUGAGUGGUUUCAGGGACUGCCGGAUGAGCGGGCCGUCGUUGAUAAGCUGAAGGCUUUUCGUCGUAUGGACGCAGUGAAUCUUCACAUCUAUGCGGAGUAUUUGGAGCAGCUCCUGUCCUUUGGUCUUUCCAGUUUGGUUUUCACCUUCCUGGACCAGACAGAGAUCCUUCCAGAGGAAGCCGUCAACAGUGAAGUGGUGGUGCUGGUAGAUGCUAAGGCUUCGGCCCUGGACCGCAACUAUCGUGCUGCUCUGUCUCGCUUGGAGCCCUUCUUGGCCACUGGUGCUGCCUCUCACGAGGCUUGGAUGUUGGCGGGUGAAUGCUACUUGCAACUCCAAGACUUCGACCAAGCUCUUCAGGCCUUGCAGAUGGCGGUCUCCGGCUUGGAAGAUCCGGCACUGUACAUUCGGCUAGGCUCUGUGCUGCUGGUCAAGAAGCGUUGGAAGCAGGCUCGUGACACCUUCCUGCGUUCCAUCCAGUUUAAGCCUACGGCCGAGGCCUGGAGUGGUGUGGCCUAUGCGGAGCUUCGCUCGGAUGCGCUGGGGCCUUCCUAUGAGGCCUUGUGUGAAGCCAAUCUGUUAGACAACGAGCGUUGUGACGUUUGGGCCCUGCUGCGCCACGCAGAUGUGGAACUGGAUGGAACUGGUAUGAGGCUCAGUGAUGCUUUUAUCGGAUCAGUCGUGAAACUUUGGAUGUCCAAACGUUCCAUCUGGUUGGAGACGGUGGAGAAGCAAAUCAAAGCGCUUGGUUUGAAGACAGAUGACGAUUCUCUACAGGAGGCGGCUGGCCAUGCCAAAGAGCUCCAGAGCCUCUUCGAGAUCUUCGCUUCGGCCAGCGACAUGCGCAUGUUGGAACAGGUCCAGGAGCUCAGCGACGUGAUCCUCCGUGGCUUGGACCGGGGACCCGGAAAAGGCAACCUGUUGGGGCGCAUCGACUUGCCUUUCUUGCAAAAGGGUCCCGGCCAGUACAAGGCUGCUCUGGACAGCAUCAUGGCUGUGGCCACAGAUUUGGAUGCUGUCCGGGCCACCAAAGCCAGCAAGAUGCUGCAAAGCCACGUCGACAGGCUCAAUGAACAGAUUCAGUCUCAACAGGAGAAGGCUGUGGAUCCCAUUAUCAAGAAGAUUCAGGUGAUGCGCGACAAAUUGAAACAACCAGGGCAGGGCAAAAACUUGGUGGCUGGGACCAAGGACAUCUUGGAUUCGGCGGAACAAGCUUUCAAAGCUGCUCCAGAAGCGAAGCAAGUGGCCACCGGCUUAUUGGAGCAGCUUGUGGCCCACUCUAUUUGGGUCUUGGAGUCGGAAGCCUUGUGGUCCGAAGCGGAAGCCUGCGACCAGGUGGUGGAUCUCUCCAAGGGGCUGGAUGACUUGGCUGAAAGGUUGGUGAAGGUGCUGCAGGCGACCUGGGAUCCACCGAUCACGCCCCAAGCGGAGCGCUUGAGGCAACGAAAGGCCUCAGAGGCUUGUGAGCGACUGGUGGCGCAGGCCCAGAGGCACCUGGAUGCCGAUGAAGGUGGUGAAGCCUACCACUGCUUGGUGCAGCUGCUGCCCUGGUGGCCCAGCCUCAAGGCGUCAAGGUCUUUGGAGAUCGUGGGGCUCUUCAGCAAGAUGCAAAGUUUCGCACACGAGGCCUUCCUCACGGCGGCCAAAGCAGGGGACAGCGCUGCCGCUGAGGAGAUCCGCGGCUUCGCCACGCAGUUCGAUGAGCUGCGCGGGAAGUUUGCGGGGUUACCUGCUGCCUCGGGUCGGCCCUUGGGUGAAGCAUUGGAAGCUGGUGAGGCCAAAAUUCAGGUGGCCAAGUCACUGGACAUCGUCGACGCGGAAGUGGCAAAGACCACGGAUGACGAUGAGUCCAGCAAUCUGAGUCUUGGAACCACCAUCGAGGCCCUGGAAGCCUUGAAGGUCGCCUGGCCCUUGGGCGGUGCGGAGGACGCGGCGCUGCAGCAGCGCUUGGAGCGGAGCUGCCGGGGCCUCGAAAUGUUCACCUUCGAGGCGGUGAACACGGCGCCGGUGGAACAACUCACCAGCUUCAUGCAGUUUGCUCAGGAAUACGACCUGCGUCACAUCGCCUUGGAGCCGGCCAGUAGUGCCUUGCGGCCGCGCUUGGCGACGAAGGCGGCCUUGAAGUGUUUGCAACGGGCCGAAGGUGAACUUUUGAAAACCGAGGGAAUGAAGCCCCACGUGCUAUUGGACAGCCUGAAGGCCGUGGUGGCUAUCAAUCCCGAUUCGGAGGACACGGAGGUGCGGACGGUGCUGCUGCGGGUGAUGACCAGCACCAACGAACGGCUGCUGAAAUCCUUCAGCGAAGCCAUUUCGGCAGAGGCAGAAAAUGAGAAGAAGGAGCUAUUGCUGCAGAAAUUUGCCGAAGCUGCUGAUGAGGUCAGGAGCGCCCUCAAAGUCCCUGGCGAGUCGCUGGUGGCCGAGAUGGACAUGAAACGCAGUGACGUGGCAGAGGAGUUGAUCGACAGCGUGCGCGAUCAGCUGUCGAUGGGCCAAGUGGCGUCGCUGCCGCGGGAGAUCAACGCGCUGGCGCGGAUCGCCAAGAAGCUACCGGCCGAUUCCGCGGUGCUGCAGCGCACCCAGACGCUGGCCACGGAGUUUGUGCAGGCACUGAACACGGCGCCGCUGGAGGAGGUAGAAGGAUUGCUGGAGAAUUCGCAGCACAGGCACCUGUUGCAGUCCUUGAAAGACUUAAACUGCGACGCCCCUGAGCUACGAUCCAAGUUGCUGAGCAGAGUCAUCUAUUCACACUUGGAGACGGCCCGGGUGUUGAAAGAUUUGGAGGAAUUGGAGAAGGAGUUGGAGUUGCUGGAGAAGCGGCGCAAGGAUGAGGCGAUGUCCGCGGAUUUGUAUGUGGAGAUGUCGAAAUUCGUGGACUCCAUGGAGGAAGUCUUCUUGGCCAAGAUCCUGGAGGAGGGCCGCAGUCGCGGCGCAAAGGUCUUGGAGCUGACCAGCAUCCUGGACCGGCUGAAGGACGAUGGAAAGAUGUUACCCCGACUCAGCCAGGCAUACAAGGUGGUGAGUCUGUUUGAGGAGGCGCAAGGAGAACUGCAGAAGCCUUCAGGAAUGAAUCCCAAAGUCGUGGUGCGCGUUUUGGGGGAUCUGGGCCCAGUACUUGAGUCGGUCGCGGAGAUCCGGGGCUAUGGCGAGACCUUGCAGGACAUUGUGGAGAAGUUCAAAGAAAAACUUGAAGAUGCCUGUCGAAAGGCUUGCUCCGCGGAAGGAGAUGUGGACGCGCGACUUGGGGGCUUGACCAAGUUGGCGGAAAGCGGGGACGUUGCCCAGGACACCUUCUCCAAGAUCACAGCGCUGUCCUUCCGGAAGACAGGCUUUGUGGCUGCUAUUUCAAGGGUGGCAGCUGAAAAAAGCCUGGACGCAAUCGAAGAAGAACUGUCCAAAGAGUCAGGGAUGAAUCCCAAGGUCCUCUUGCAGCAUUUCCAGGAUGUAGGUCGCCGUGGAGGGCCCGGCGUGGAUCUGGUGGGAGAUCGUUAUUCGGCAUGCUGUGACAAGGUGGGUCAGCGCAUGAAGGACUCCAUGGAGGAAGCGAAAACGAGCUCCAACAGCGCCAAACAGAAGGCCCUGCUGCACUUCGCCAAGGAGUUCGAUGCCGUCAGCGGCAGUUCCUUGGAGGCGGAGUUACACGCCCAGCUGGGGGAGGAUGCCGCGUGA